GAUACGCAUGUUAAGCAAUUAAUUCGGAUGUGUGAUUCUUUACGUGGGCAAAGAGCACAUGUGCAUACCGAUCAGAAAGUCUAUGGGUGAAUGGAACGGGCUGUCGUCGUCGCGCUAUAAUAGUAAUAAGUAAUAAAAUUCUAUAACUGACUAUUGUGCUGAGUGUCGAUAUCCGAAUUCGAACACGUCGCAUUUAUAUCUACACAAAGGCAAUUGCUCGCACUUCAGCAGAUGCGUUCUAUGGUGAAGGGUUUACUGCUUGAAAUUAAGUCGGAGCACAAAUAUCCAAACCGAAAAGUGGUCUAUCAUCGUGAACAAUGAAGAAUUCGAUUGCGCUACUUCUCCUCCUGGCAGUGACUAUUCGCGGCUUCCCUAAUACUUCCGAUAAGAAUGACGUAGAAGAUGACACAUCAACACAACAACUGGCCGUUGAGGACGAUGAUGGGAACCUGGUACCGUUGGACCUGGAUGCUAAGGAUACAAAUGACACCGAGUUGUCAUCUGAGAGCCUCAAUGACAGUGUCUUAUUCUAUCUGUACACAGUGAAAAAUCCUAAUGAUUUUCAACAAUUAUGGAUUAAUGAUUCCAAGACUCUUUCCGAGAGUAAUUUCGAUCCAUCGAAACCUACCAGAAUUGUGACCCACGGAUGGAAGAAUUCGUAUAAGGGCGAGUCCUGCGUUCUCAUUCGCGAAGCCUACCUUAAGCAUCGUCAGUACAACGUGAUCGUCGUGGAUUGGAGUAAGAUCUCGGUUAAUCUGUACACUGUCGCCAUGAGCGGAGUCAAGAAAGUCGCAGCACAGGUAGGACAGAUGAUCGAUUUCCUGGCAACGCAAGGCGUCGAUACCACUACGACGAUUGUCAUAGGACAUUCGUUAGGCGCACAUGUUGCCGGGAUAGCAGCACGCCAGGCUAAAAGCACAGUGGACUACGUAGUAGCAUUGGAUCCUGCGCUGCCUCUUUUCGCCUUUGCUGAACCUGGCGAUCGUGUCGCUAAGGGCGAUGCCAAUUUCGUUCAAGUGAUUCAUACCAAUCUUGGUAGACUUGGGUUCGAUCGCGCGAUUGGUGAUGUUGAUUUUUUUCCAAAUGGUGGAGGCAUCCAACCAGGCUGUGGUGUCAACUGGUCCUGCUCCCAUGGCAGGUCUUAUAAGUACUUCGCAGAAUCCAUCAACAGCAACAUAGGAUUCGUGGGAAUCGAAUGUGAAAAUUUCAUACUGUACAAAUUGGACAAAUGUCGCGAUAACAACAAAGAAAUAAUGGGAGGACCAAAUCCGACCACGAAAGCGACCAAAAAAUAUUAUCUUGAUACGAACGAAUCCUCUCCUUAUGCCAAGGGAUGAUAAACUACUUGAGUAUGACGAACUAAUAUUUUAAUGCAAAGAAUAGAAAUUCUUCUAUACUAUUUCUAUGAAGUUCCAGAAUGAUUUUUAUUUGUUACUGCAAAUACAAUUUUCUAUCGAUUA